AUGGGAUCUAUUAAGAAUUAAGAAGAAAUGAGUCAAGUUAAUCCAAUAGAUACAACUUCUACAGUAGCAAGAAUACCAGAGAAUGAAUUAAAUAAAGGAAAAGUUACUUAUUUGGGUAUUUUUUUUAUGAUUCUUCUUUGCAGUUUAAACAGCUAUUUCUAGUAUUCAUCUUUGGUAUUUAAUUAAAUGAGCUACUCGAAAUUGGGUAUGCUUUCUGUAGCUACAUUUUUUAUUUCUAGCGCUGGAGGAACUAUUUAUGCCCCAUGGUUUAGCAGAACAUACUUUCAUAGCUAUUCUAAAAAGUUUUUAGUUGCAGGUGUCCCUCAUUGUAUUCUUUUGUUUGUUGGCAUAAUAGCUUCACGUUGUUCUGAUAAUCGUGAAGAGGAAUGUUCAGGAAUAUUUCUUUAUUUAAUUGUCUUAGUAUCUUCUUGCAUUUGCGGUUUAGGAAAUGCACUUCUUUGGGUAUUAUAAGGUGCUUACAUUACUGACUGUACAAGUGAAAGAAAUAAAGGUGAAUUCUUUGGAAUCUUUUUCUAGUAUUCUCAAGUGAGCAAUAUAUUUGGUCCUUUAUUGAGUUCUUAUUUGUUCAAGAAUUAUGGAACAUCUGGUUACUUUUCGUUUAUGUUCCUUCUUACGCUGGUUAGUAAUCUUUUGUCAUUCUUUAUUAAGGAACCAAUGGCUGUUUAUUAGAAUGGAUAGGACUAAUUGCGUUCCAGUGAAUAUGAUUAAAAUAGCAAUAUUUAUUUUGAAAAUUACAGAGAAUUAAAUGAAAAAUUAAUUUAAAGAAAUAGCACUCUUCACCCUCCUACUAACGAAGAUAAACUUGACUUAACCAGAUUAAAAUAAUUCUUAGUAGAGAAGUAUUAAAUCAAGUUCUAUUUUCCUCUAUUCUUCUUAAAUGGAUUUUUUUUAGGUUAUUACUGGAGUUAAAUUGGUUUUUUAGCCUCUUCAAAAAUGAAAAACGAAACUGUUGAUGAUAAAAAUGAAAAAUUAGGUAUUAUAUUUCUUUUGAUGGGUUUAAUACAACCUAUACUAGGAAGAAAGCUUGGAGCAAGUUUUGAUUAAAUGGAAGAUAAAGUCCUUUACUAUAAAAGAGUUAUUUUUGUUUCCUUUGUAUGCACUGUGUUAGUUAUUAUAUUUUAUUUCCUGAAUUUUCUCUGGCCUUUUUAUAUUAUAAGUGCAAUGUUUGGUUUUGGAGAACUUCUAAUAAAAGGAUUUAUAGGUGGUGCCUUAAGUAUGAAAUUUAAUGACAACAGCUACGAAUCUUUUGCAAUGUAUCGUUUAAUCUCAAACAUAGCAAGUUUUGUAGCUAUGAUUAUAUCUACAAUUUUCACACCUGAAGUUCCAUUAGUAAUGAUGUGUUGUCUUGCCUUUAAUGUAUACACCUGUAUUAUUUACACACCUAAAAUUAAAACACAUCUGAGUGGUGAUGUUAUGUUUGCUUCUGCACAUUCUAACUAUUGA